AUGGGGCUCACGGGUUUCUUCUUCACUAGCUUUUUGAUUCUCUUCUCAAUGCUGAUCCUUGCCUCUGCAAGUGAUUAUGGCUAUGGCGGCAACACUGAGGGUGACAAGCCAAAGUCUCAAGAAUAUAACUACGAAUCCAAAUCUGAAGACAACAGAUAUACUCCUAAGCCAGAAGCUUACAAGCCACAACCCAAAGACAACGGAUAUGCUCCCAAGCAAGAAGCUUAUAAGUCACAACCCAAAGACUACGCAUAUGCUCCUAAGCCAGAAGUUUACAAGUCGCAACCCAAAGAUAACAAAUAUGCCCCUACGCCUAAAGCUUACAAGUCACAAUCCAAAGACAAUGGAUAUGCUCCCAAGCCAAAAGCUUACAAGCCACAACCCAAAGACAACGGACACGCUACCAAGCCAGGAGCUUACAAGCCACAACCCAAAGAUAGCAUAUAUGCUUCUAAGCCUAAAGCUUACAAGCCACAAUCCAAAGACAAUGGAUAUGCUCCCAAGCCAGAAGCUUACAAACCACAACCUAAAGACAACGAAAAUGCUCCCAAGCCAGAAGCUUACAAGCCACAACCCAAAGACAACACAUACGCUCCCAAGCCAAAAGCUUAUAAGCCACAACCCAAAGACAACGCAUAUGCUCCCAAGCCAGAAUCUGACAAACCACAACCCAAAGACAAUGCAUAUGCUUCCAAGAUAGAAGGUUACAAGCCACAACCUAAAGACAAUGUAUAUGCUCCUAAGCCAAAAGCUUAUAAGCCACAACCCAAAUAUAACAGAUAUGCUCCCAAGCCAGAAGCUCCCAAGCCACAACCCAAAGACAACGGAUACGCUCGCAAGCCACAACCUAAAGACAAAACGUAUGCUCCCAAGCCAGAAUCUUACAAGCCACAACCCAAAGACAUUAGCUACACUCCCAAGCCACAACCUAAAGACAACACUUACGCUCCCAAGUCAGAAUCUUACAAGCAACAAUCCAAAGACAAUGGAUACGCUCCUAAGCCAGAAGCUUACAAGCCACAACCCAAAGACAAUGCCUACGCUCCUAAGCCAGAAGCUUACAAGCCACAACCCAAAUAUAACGACUAUGCUCCCAAGUCAGAAGGUAAUACUUAUGGUCGUAAGUUAGAUGUUUUCAAAUCAAAAUCAGCGGAAUAUCAUGGUUAUAACUCAAAUUUGGACGGUGAUAAAUCGAAGUCAAAAAUAGAGGAGAAGUCAAAUGGAUACUAA